AUGCCGCCAAUCCGUUUAUCUGGACCGGAUAUUGUCCGUCAACUCAGUCUUCUUGGGGAAGUGGAAUUUGGCAAAGGUCGGAAGAAGAGAAAACGGACUCUUCAAGAGUUGAACUGGACCAAGAGAAGCAUUUUCUACAACUUACCGUAUUGGUCCUCACUUGAGCAUCGUCAUAACUUGGACGUAAUGCAUAUUGAAAAGAAUAUUUGUGACAGCAUACUCGGCACCCUAAUGAACAUUCCUGGAAAAAGCAAAGAUAAUAUUAACUCUCGUCGUGACCUUGCAAAUUUGGGUAUAAGAAAAGAACUUCAUUUGAUGCAACAAGGUGACCGGUGUGCAAUGCCACAUGCAUGUUUUACACUAAAUGGCGACGAGAGGAAAAUGUUUUGUGAGUGGUUGGCGGAUGUGAAGUUCCCAGAUGGGUUCGCUGCAAAUAUUUCAAGAUGUGUUUCUGUUCGUGAUUGCAAAAUUACUGGGAUGAAAAGUCAUGACUGUCAUGUUUUCUUGCAGAGACUACUCCCUAUUGCAGUCGGGGGGUGUUUGCGGAACGAUGUUGCUCUGCCUCUGAUAGAGCUUAGUCAGUUCUUCAAAGAGAUUUGUGCACGAACUCUAAGUGUGGAGAGUUUGGCAAAGCUCGAAAGUGAUAUCGUCCUGAUUUUAUGCAAGUUGGAGAUGAUAUUUCCCCCUUCAUUCUUCGAUGUGAUGGUCCACCUAGCUCUCCAUUUGCCUCGUGAGGCGUUGCUUGCUGGACCAGUUCAAUAUAGGUGGAUGUACCCAUUUGAACGGUUUCUCGGAAGAUUCAAGCGGUAUGUUAAGAAUAAGGCUCGCCCAGAGGGAUCAAUAGCGGAAGCAUACAUUCAUGUCGAAUGCUUGACAUUUUGCUCGAUGUAUCUCGAUGAUAUUGAGACGAGAUUCAAUCGACCGGAACGCAACAUUGAUGGUUUGGAGGAUGAUGCCAUAGAUGGAUUUGGCAUUUUCACACAGAAGGUCCGUCCCCUAGGUGUGGCAUCACCUAUACAACUUGAUCCAAGACUAUUUGCAGAAGCCCGUUGUGAGCACUAUCGACUAUGUAAGGAAAAGAACCCAAUGCUAGCCGAUGGAACGCAUCAAGUAGAGUUUCCUGGAUGGUUCAAGAAACGUGUUCAAACUAUGCGUAAGGAUACCCCUACUGAAGUCGUGGAUGAUCUAUAUGCCUUAGCGUGCGACCCUGAAUCGCUUAUUAGAUCGUACGCAGCGUGCAUCGUUAAUGGAAAAAGCUGUGACUGGUUUGACGUUGGCGAUCAAAUACGAGGUGUCCGAGUGGAUUCACAUAUGACUAGUGUCAAUCUUGCCAGGACAUGGUACAAAGAUGAACCCUUUGUUUUAGCGUGCCAAGCUGAACAAUGUUUCUAUGUCAAAGAUAGAAGGGUGAAAGGUAGUUGGUAUGUCGUACAGAAGUUCACGAAUAGGAAUGUAUACGACAUCCCACAGGUGCAUUUAAACGAGGAUCAUGAGACGUCAUCAAGUGAAGGUGAGGCAUAUCAAGAUGAGGAAGUAGACUGUUUCCCAACAAAUGUUGACGACGCCGUUGAUGGAGUGGCAAGUCCACUCCAUAGGCCUGAUAUAGAACCAUUUGAGUUUGAUGCAUCAACAUUGGUUCGGUCAUCUGGACAGUGGGGAUGGCGAGCAUUCUUGUUCUGA